AUAACUCUGCACGCUGAUUGGUUCUUUUUAUUGAGUGGCGAUUGGAGGAUUUUGACCCAUAUAAAAAAGCACACGUUCAUCUCGUCAUCACUUUUCUGCUGCUGUCCAAGAAGCAACAUCAUGUCCAAGGUCAUGGAUGUCAAGGCACUGAGGGAAGUGUGCGAUGAUGUGAGCAGUGAAGUGUACGAAAUCAUUGAUGAUCAGUUAGAACUGCAUGAUCUGAUGAUGAAAUCUAGUGCCUUGUACAAAGGUUACUAUGAAAUGUUGAGUGCGAAAAUAAGGACCGUCGAAGCAAAAUUGCUGCCAUCUGGGUAUGUCAUAUGGGUGCCCUGCGUGGCACAACUUGUGGCCAACAGACUUGUUGGAAAAAGGAAGAGGAAACCGACUGAACCAUCAACAACAACAGCAGCAGCAGCAGUAGCAGCAGCAACAGCAGCAGCAGACAGGAAAACGCAAGUGACAGAAUUUUUGAAACCUGCAACACCUGCAAAAAAGGAAAAAAGGCGACCACGGAAGUUGACACCCACCCUGCUUGAUGUUGUGCCACCACCACCAUCACCAGUUGAUACAUUCUAUGGCGGCGACGACCGUGGUAUGCCGUGCGACGACGAUCUUCUUUUUGAAGAAGAUCAAUUCAGACGUGAUGGUAGUAACUGUCGCCAUAACGACAUGUCGAAAUACCUGACCACUACAUGUGAUGUUUCCUGUCUGUUUCAGGGAUUUGAAUGGAUAUACGUGGCCAUUAACAUGAUCAGAACUGUUUGUUUUUGAAGAUUGAAGCUUUAGCGUUCUUUGAGGGACAUGUUAAGCACCCCCUCCUCAGUUGUCCAUUGAUUCGUAUUUACUAUGUAUAUAUGUUGAUGUUGUGUUUUUUCAUUAAACAGUGAUUAAUUGAA